AGCGGUCGUCGUCACGGCGGCGGUUGGCGGCGGUUGGCGGCCGUAGGCAGCAGCCGGCGCCACUAGGCGGCAGCAGUCGGUCGGCCAUGGGCGCCUACCGGCUCUUUCUGCAGGGUCGCUGCCGCUUCGGCGACAGCGGCUGGAACGUGCACGCCCGCAGCCGCUGGGGGCGCCCCUACGCAGGUCCUGGCGGAGGAGGAGGCGCAGGAGGAUGGGGUGCUGCUGGCCGGAGAUCCGCACACCUUAUCCGGUCCCCUGUGUUCCAACAUACGGGAGGAGGAGGAAGCUGGGCUGCUCCCAGCCAGGGAUCCGCAAAUGUUAUCCAGCCUCCAAUGUUCCAGCAUGCAGGAGGAGCUGGAGGUGGAUGGGGAGCUCCCAGCCAGGGAUCCACCAGCGUCAUCCAGCCUCCCGUUUUCCAGCAGGCAGGAGGAGGCCAAGGAGGAUGGGGAGCUCCCAGCCAGGGAUCCACCAACGUUACCCAGCCUCCCGUGUUCCAGCCCAGCACGUGGGGUGGCAGCAGUGAUGGAGGAGGACUCUUCACUGCCUCCAGUUCUGCAUCACCUGGCAACAAAAGCGCGGUCCUAACACAAAAUGGAUUCUCUGCGUUAACCAGCGCAAAUCCUGGUGUUAGCUGCAGAGAUGGGCAACGGAGACUUUUUGAGCGCAUAGCGGAAGACAUGGCAGUGUGGGAAUCUUCUGGACAGUGGCUGUUUUCCUGUUACUCACCCGUGCAAGACAAGCCUAACGUCUCAGGCUUUCUGGAGUUCUCGCCUGAUGAGAUGCGCCUGGAGUAUUAUAAGUGCAGAGCAAACAAUGACACCGGGAACUACAUAAAUUCUGUCCAUCAGUUAGCACAGCAGUGGAGAAACAGGGUGCAGGAGCUGAAGGCUUUAAAUGCCUCGGGAAAAGCAUCGGUGGUAAGUCCUGAUGAAAGGGAACGUAUUUCUGUUUCAGGUAUUGCUUUUCUCUUAAAUUUUGAGCUGUCUCGCUAGCGCCAAUAUUCGUUUGUGUUCUAAAGGCUGUUAAUGAAAUGAUUUCUAGGACGUGUUAGCACAGCAGGACAGUUAAAGCUAGUAUUAAGUGAUCAGGGAGGUGGCAUAAGUCGAUUGAGGUGAAGUUGUAGAUCUGUCUUUGCAACUUGAGCAAAAUACAAGUCACCAUCGUUUCAUUGCAAUAAGCUGUUUUCUUGUUUCACACAAGGAGACCUAGAAGUAGUGUAUGAUCCUUGUCCUAAUGUUUGUUUUGAAAGGUCAAUUCUGCCACAGAACUCCAGCAGUGGCCUUUUUCAGUACGGUCAUAUGGUAAAACAGGAGACGUUCUCCUGCAAUAAAGACAAGAUGUGCUGGCUGGUCUUUUUUUUAUGGAUCUCACUUGUGCGGAACGACCAAAAGUGUAACACUUAAACUAGCAUGAAUAUUUCUUUGUUUUAUUUGUAUAGUCUGCCUAACAGGUUUGUUUGGUGCACCAUUAAUACCUCAUUUAGUGGUUUCUGCGUAGAGGUAUUGCAAUGAUUAAAUGAGGUGGAUUUAGUUACAGUCAUAAACAUUAAGGCAAGUGUGUGCAAUAUGACUGAUACCUGGGAAGAGAGACAUCAGGUAUUGUGACAUAAAAAUCAAAACAAUAUGUAUUAUAAUUAGUAUUCAGAAUGUAGAAUCAUUUAUUUCUGAGAGUCUGAAAUAGGAUUUUUUUUUUUCCACAACGUUUCUCAGAAAGCUCUCAGGGGAUUGCAACUCAGUGUAUGGUGGACUCUUGAAGAAGGCAGCCGUUCUUUUAAAGUGAGAUAGUCACUGCUUUUCUGGUUUAAUGUUAAGGUCCAUAUUAGUGUCUUAAUUGUGUUGUGGUUCUUCAUAUGUAUUUACCUUGGAAAUUGCGUGAAGCGCCUUGAAGUUUCAGUCAUGUGAUUGGAGCCCUUGCUCUGUUCAGUUCUGCAGCUGAAGAGCUGGGGUUCAGACUUGAGUGCAGACGAUGAAUUGUGCCGCGCUCAGAGAGCAGAGCGACCCAAGGCAGUGACGUAGAUAGAGGCAUAGAACAGACUGGAAAAAAUUAGAUGAGAAUGAGAGCUC